AUGUGUUACUCAGGAGCAGAUCCAGGAUUGGUGGGACUUAAUGCAGUCCUGGGAGACCUCUUUAAAAAGACGAAAUUGCCGGGGCUGUUGGAAAGGGCCUGGGAACAGCCUGCUGAGGGUGACCGGUUCAUCCACCAGCGGGACCUGGCCUUGCUGCAGCGGGCGGACUUGAUCGUGGCGGAAGUGACCCAGCCGUCCUUGGGUGUAGGCUAUGAGGUGGGCCGGGCCGUGGCCCUCAAUAAGCGAAUCCUGUGCCUGUUCCGCCGGAAGUCUGGCCGAGUGCUCUCAGCCAUGAUCCGCGGAGCAGCAGACGGCUACCGGUUCCAGGUGUGGGACUACGAAGUGGGAGAUGUGGAGGUCAUGCUGGACCGAUACUUUGCAGCUAAUCCUCCCGAGCAGGUGGCUUCCUCCCUUGACCCAACCACUUGACUUCACCCCCUCAUUAAAUUCUUCAGGUCCGACUCUGCUCUGUACCAGUCCUGCCUAAA